AUGGCGGCUAUUACUAUAGCCGAACUCGCCGACUUCUUCGGACAAGUGUGCCCCGACGCUUGGGCUAAAUUCCUAGCCCAACGUAACUCGUCCACCGCUGAACGCCCAGUUGUUCGUAUCGACGAUCCCAUUUCAACGAGCACCGGCCGCUCGACCCCUGUGUCCAUCGACACAGUCUACGACGCCGCGUCCCCUGCGCCUUCUGCGCUCUCCACCCGCGGUCCAUCACCGUUGUUUUCGGACGCCGAAUCAGGCUCCGAGAUGGACAUUGAGAUUCACCGACCUAAUAAACCCGAUGACGAAGGCUUCACCCUAGUCUCGGGUAAAAAGCGUAAGCGCACCGCCGCGAAAAAGGGAAACAAGCCUCACUCGGCCCCUACGUCGCCCAACGCCACUCCGGCAAAAAAAGUCGCGCCUUCCGCGCGCAAAAUUACCGCGAUCAAAACCGCGAACCCGACUCAGGCCGAACCUAGAAAGGAGAAGCCGCCGCCACCUAUAAUUUUACAGGACAAAUCGCGCUGGAGCAACCUAUCCAAGUGGAUAGACUUCAAGAAAAUAUUCUGCCCCAAAGUCCACAAUGGACCACAAGGCAUCCGCAUCCACGUCGCAACGACGGACGAUUUCCGCGCUUUAACUGCGCAUUUAAAAGCUCAAAACUUGAGCUUUCAUACUUACUCCCUCGCGGAGGAACGUAACCUCCUUGUUGUAGUUCGCGGACUCCCUAAAGAGCUUGAAACCGAAUUCAUUCUAAGCGAUCUUAAAUCGCAAAACCUGCCCGUCAGAGAAGUGCACAGGAUGCACCACCCAACAGAUAAGAAACGAUACCUCGAUCUCUGCCUAGUCAUACUGGACCUGUCUCCAGAGGGCAAACAGAUAUAUAAUAUCACUAGAAUAUGCAAUCUCACGGGGAUUGUAGUAUAG